UUGUAGUUUGUAGUCGCUCAGCACCAAGCAGCUCCAACUGGAGUCGAGGUGGUGGGAAGGAAGGAACGAACAGGGAUCAAACAAAAAAGUGAACCGGAUUUAGAACCUUCAGUUAUUCCAGAACAUGUUGGGAAUAUUAUCAGAAUGUAUCUACCAGAGAAAAAAUGGCACCACACAUUCUUUCUAAAGGAGGCUUUCGCACCACCAUUUUCACCCACAUUUAUAGUUGAACGCAUCCUCCUGUAAACGUGGUUGCCAUGGAGCCUAGUACAGGAAGUGAACAGACAGCUGGAACAAAGCCUUUGUCUGGUGGCUGUGAGGAAACGGCCAGCGGGAGUUCUGCCCUGGAGCUUGAGGCAGACAAACCAUCCGAGCCUGUUGAAGGUGGUGCUCCUGAGCAACAGCCUCCCGGAAAGCUUAAGAAAACUGCUUUCAAGCUGUUUGGGGGAAGGAAGAGUAUUUGCACCUUGCCUAGUUUCUUUGGAGGAAGAAACAAAGGUCAUGGAAAAGUGUCAUCUAAAAAGGGAAUGAGCAAGAGCAAAACUCACGAUUGUAUCACAGAAGUGAGCUGGGAGGAUGGUAAAAGAGCAGGUGAUGUUCCAGCAGGAGACUUUGAAUACCACUGCCAGAAAAGUUUGACUGUCAGGAUGCUCACAAGCUCCCAAAGUGCUCAUUUAGUAAAUGAUCCCUGUAAGAGGCCAGAAUUUCCCAACGUGGACACUUCACUCUCGCCAAACUCAGAGUUCUGUGAUGGCAAGCUAAGUACAGACAAGUCUUCAUCCUUCCCCCGUCCCAAGAGAGGAUUAAAGGGGCUGUUUAGCAGCAUUAGGAGGCACAAAAAGAAUAAAGCUGUUGAUUCUGAAAAAAGUAAUACCACUGAGGUGUCUGGAGAGAAUCUUAAAGACUCACUGGCUGCUCGUCAGUCAAGUACCAGCAAACUUGAGACCGAGUGUCAAGACUGUUCGGCAGGAACUAAUCUGCCUGUUAUGCAGAAUAGUAGAGAGACUUUAAUUGGUAUGCCUGAAUGUGCUGAAGAUGACAUUGUUUUGGAAAAUAGUGUAGCCAAAGGUGAUACAGACCAUACAGAACCUUUCAAUGAAGAUCAAAUUGUAAAAAAUGUUGAGCAUGCACAAGCUGAGAUAGCCGAGAUCCUUAAUGUAGGUGGAACAACACUGUGCACAGACUCCAAGGUCACCUGUUCCCCUGAUGUGAAUCCUGACUGUAUAGAUAACGAUCCACCCUCUGUUAAUUCCUCUGAUCAAAUUAGCUUAAUAUUUGGGGAUGUUGCCUCUUUGAAGAGCUUUGAUUCACUGACAGGGUGUGGAGACAUCAUUGCUGACCAAGACGAUGACAGUGUAGCUGAAAGCACAAUUUCAGGUGAAAGAAAUCGUAAUGCUGGGAAGAGGAGCUCUUGUUAUGUCACAUACCAGGGAGGAGGGGAAGAAAUGGCAACUCCUGAUGAAGUUGAUGAGAAUUACCUGCAUGACGUGUGGGAUAAUGAAGCUGCUGCAGAUGUUUGCUAUACUCCCAGCCAACAGCCAAAUUUAAUGGAGCAUGACACCAACCUUCAAAUGAUUCCUGAGGCCCCUGCUAUUCCCUGUCCACAUCUGGAUGGUUCUGCUAAUCCUUCUUUCCUCCGAGCUGUUGUAGAAACCACCCAUUCAUCAGGUGACAUCUUGACUCCACAAAGUGACCAGCAGGAAUCGGUCCCCAACAGUGAUGAGGGAUACUAUGAUUCUACCACUCCAGGGCCAGAUGAUGAUGGAGGAGAUAGCCUGAGCCAAAUCAGAAAGGAUAGACUUCCAAGGGAUAGUUACAGUGGGGAUGCCCUUUAUGAACUCUAUGAGCCUGAUGAUAGCCUCAUGAGCCCCCCUCUUGAGGAUGAACUCUCCUUUGAGACUCAGCCACCCACACCAGAAGCCUUGGAGUUUUUAGGUUUAACUUUGCAGAGCACAGGUUCAAAAUUAUACCAGGGUUUUCCCAUUAAAGCUGGCCUCAUGGAAACUGAAGAAGCCAGGCUAGCAAAGAUACAACAGGAAAUCAUUUGCCAUGAACUGCAAGGCAUGAAAAAGUCCUGCAUUAAAGAUCAAGUUGCGUUGUCUAAGAGCAGAUUUUACACUGACAAAAGCAUCAUUGAAUGUAUCCCUAAACUGAACAAAAAACAUCAAGCUAGCCUUAAAGGGGAGCAGGUAGUUCCACAGAUGCAAAUUAGAACAGCAAAAGGUAUCCUUCCAGAAUCCAGCAACAUUAUAGAAAUUAGCAGAAGUAAUCAGAUGUGUCCCUAUAAUGGAGAUCUUCAUAAUCAAAAAGUGAUUGGCAGGCCUCCACUAGAUGUAAACCCAACAGCUGGAAUUAUUGGCACACAGUUGUUGACAAACUCACACCAAUUGAAAGAUCAAGAUCCAUACUCGGAGCAUGGAAAUAGACGAUGCAUUCAGUCUGAAAAUAAAGAAAGCAUUUGUUCUUCCAGUAGCAGUAAGAGUGAACCUGAGUAUGACCAAGCUGUUUGUUUUUCUCAAGCAUUAGUUGACUUCACAAAACACUCUUCUUUCUUCAGCAACCUCACUGAAGGUCUUGGCGGUGCUGAUUCAGGCUCCUCCUUUGCACAGAAUGUGCAGGUACUUCCUGCAAUGGUCACAUUUGAUGUGGUGGAUAUGGAAAAUGAAGGGGAAUGUGAUCGUCAGAUGGACAUGGUUACCGAUGAAGAUAUCUCAUCCCCCUUUGAGGCCUAUGAUGAAAGCUACUUGCAGAAGGAUGCUUUUGCUGAAUGUGAUGACCGAAUGUUUGAAUUCUAUGAACAGAGUUCCUUUCUCAGUAAUAGCUGGGGGGUUGCCAGUCUCCCUCGGCAUCUUAGCUUAAGUAGAGUGAGUCCUCCAAUGCCGUCUCCUUUAUCAUUGAACAGGAGGAGCAGGUCGCUAGACACCGACAGCUUGGAAUUUGACCUGGGUGAUGUAUAUCCAGUACAAUCCAGGGACAGUACUCAGUUUAUUCCAGUUUCCAGAUCUGAAUGGGACUCCAGGAAAGCGUCAUCUCUUUACUGGUCCUCAGAAAAGAAAAGGAAUGGUCAAUCAUCCAGCUCAGAAUUAAGACAAAAUGCUAGCGCUAUAAGGUCAAGGCAGCAAGAGCCUGCAUGCAGCAUCAAAAUGCCUGUGGCAGAAGAAAAAAGAAUAGGGCACGCCCAGAGUUUUAGUUCAAUUGAAAUGGAACAACUCAAGCCAGCAAACGGCCAAAAGGAUAUUCAGUUAAGAGGUUGUUCUCAAAACCCAAAAAAUAAUCUUUGGAUUUCAAAGAGGAUGUCGCAAGAGAAGGGGGCUUGUAAUCCUAUACUUUUGAGCCCACGGCAGAUGGCAAGACCAUCUCACCUCUCUUUGCAAUCUGGUGACUGCCCCUCUCAUCUUAAAUCAAAUUCGACUGGGACCUUCUGUAAGAAUAAUGCUCAUGUUACACCAUUAGAUGACAGACGUGAGGCUUACUUCUCCUGUAAGCCUCGCCUGAUGCAGUUCCCUGAAGUUUCCCAUCAGCCUACCAAAAUCAAGCCUGUUGGGAUCACCCAGGGAGUGCCCCAUUUUUGCUCGGCCACCAAUGAAACCUUAAAACCAGCACACUCUGAAGAACAGCAAGAAUUUACCAGCAAAGGCAGAAAUGAACUUGAAAUGGUAGUACCUGUUGGAUGUAAUAAUAACACUACAUAAAAUCCUCACUAUUUUACAAGACUUCUGGAUUUUUAAAAAUAUUUUGUGUGGACUAUCUUCACCAAUGUCAAAUGUCACCAAAGACACUUCACAGUAUGUUUACUUUGCUGAUCAGCUAGUACAGUAUCUCUAAUUUUUAGUACAGUAAAAAUGUGGCAGAUAUUUUGGAGGUAGUCUUUUAUAUACAACUGCUACCAGAAAGUCUUCAGAUUUUUUCAAGUUUACUGUAUUUUGACUUUUAACUCAUAAAAUUAAUCUUUUGGAUUGUAUUUUUCUUGCAGACAAGCAGUGCUGCUUUGAAUUGGUUGUGGAAAUUCAAACCUUAUAAUAAUGUUGUCAUGGUCAUGUUAUCGUAUAUGUUUUUGUACUUCAUAUAGUGGUUCAUCUAGUCAGUAUUUUCAUAGGUUAUUAAUUUUAUUUCAGAGACCUAAAAGCAUUUAGUUAAUGUAUCUUAUUAAUUGGUAAAUUAAUAUUUAUUAGGAAAAUCAAGCUAACGUUCCUUGGAAAGAAAGUGCUUUCUUUGGAUUGCAUUUUACUUCCAAGCUGAAACAAAUUGCCUCAUUUUAGAAGGCAUGUUUAUGUAGAAGUGUUAAUACUAUAGAUAUUUUAUUCUUUAAGUAGAGUAUCUGUAUACUUCAGUUCACAGUCAAUGAUACAGCACUGGUGUGUAAUAUGAGGACUGUUUUCAUGAAUUUGAAUCUUUUUUUCAUUCAGUAGCAGCUGUAUGUAGUUCUAAGAUGAAAAAGUAUACAUUGUUUUUUAUACCUUCCUGAGGUCUGAUUACCAAACUGCAGCUGUUUCUUAAAGGUUUUUUUUUUCUUCUUUUGAAGUUGUUACAUGGGGAGCUUUUUCUGCAGGCUUAUUUUAUAUGCUAAAUAUUUUUAAAAGUUUACAUUUUUAAUUUGGUGCUGUUUACAAUUUAAAAAGUACGUUUGUUGUUGCCGGUAUUGUGUACCGUAUAUAUUUAAUACAACCUCUGUCUUUCAUGCGAGGGGAAAAUGUUGUUUGCCCUAGUCUUGCUGUGUGUGCAAUAGAGAUGCUAUAUAUUUCCUAGGAAGUUUUACAGUAGCAUUUUCUGCUUUCAGAUAUAAGCAUCCUGCAGUAAGCUAUUUUGUGGGUUUUAUCUCAAAUUGUCUGCUUGAAACAAGAAAUCAAAGAGGUUAAUGUUCUCUUAACUUCUUGGUCGAAUUCAUGUAGUUCCAUGAGUGGCCAUCUUAAGUUUUUGACUGAAACACCAGUACAUUUGUGGACAAUAACGGCUCCUUUUUCUGAAAAUCAAAACUGUUGAAGUGUUCACAGCAGUGGCAUCAAGAAAUUAAAACCCACAACACAUGAAGUUUUAUUUUCCUCUUGGAACACUAUAGUGACUGGCAAAUCAUUCCAAAAGUAAAGUUUUGUGAUGUUUCAUUUUCUUUUAAGAGUUGAAUGUCUUUAGCCUAGUCAUUGUGUAGACUUUUGUAGUCUUUUAAAAUGGCUAAUGUCAGUCUUUUUUAACAUUAAAAUUCAGUUUUGGUUAACUCCCAUGAAGCAAUGAAUGUUGAUGUCAUCAUUUAGUUCCAACAAGUCUUCACCAUCACUUUCAAAAUUGAAAAAAUCCAGUAACAACAAAUUAAAUCGGUCAUAAAAACUUUGAUUUUUGUUGUUACUGGUGAGAAGUUUCAAAUUCAACUUAAAGAAUAACUUUGAGCUAUUAAAUCUUUGGUCAAGUCAUUAUAGAUUAUUUUUAUUUCAAAAGAUCUAAGGAUGUAAAUGCCUUCUCAGUUGAAUGAUUUGUCCCAUUACUGACAUUAUCAGCUAUAGAAUGUUUUAGAACUAAUGCAGUUACUGCAGAACAGAUUGUAUACUUUUUUUAGUCUGCCUUGAAAUCAGUGUGGUCCAGUGUGGUAUACCAUUUAAUUGGAAUAAUGUUAACAUCAGUGAGCUUUGCGGUUUGUUUUGACUACCAUUUGAAAUAUCUGACUAUUAUAUUGUAUCUGGCCACAUUCAAGUGCCUUUUCCAUUUUAAUGCAAUUGGAAUUUUUUUUAUGGAAUAUCCUUUAAGUAGAUGUAGAAAUGCUUGCUAUAAAAUAGUUAAUUAGCAAAGUGUCGCUAUUCCAAAUUGUUCACUAAGGUGAGUUUUGUUGUGCUGUAACUGGAUCACUGUCUCUUUAUUGCUAUAGGUAUGUUUUUUUUUCUGCUGUGGAUCUUAAUAUAAUGUUUUGAAUGUUACACGGUGGUUUUUGUUUAAGACAGGCUAGUGAAAAAAGACCCUUCUAAUAGGUAUGAAACUGAAAUCUACUCCAUCAUGGGUUCUGUCAUUCAUGCAAAAUAUAUCCCAGUAUGGAAUUUCAAAUGUUUAAAAGUGGUUUACAUACUAGUAUCUUGGAUUAUCAUGUUAUUCCAGACCAUUAGUUCUUUAACAUCACCAUAUAUUGCUAGGAAGAAGUUAAAAUCUCCUUGAAAGAAUGCUUUUUUGGAUAUUCUUUAUAGUUAUCAAUAAAAUAGUUCUAAUUCAUUUAAGCCAAACCUUUAAUAAAGAAGCCAUUAUAAGCUAUAAAAACUUUGAGUGGUUCUUCCUCCACAUGGUUUUCUUCCUUUUUAACCUGUAAAACCAACAGUCGUACAUUAAUCCCUUUCAGCCCUGAUAUCUAGUCGUUGCUGUUUUACUUCAUUUCCUUGUCAGCAUGCUGUUAGGAAAAGAUUUCCUGCUGAAUUCACCAAUCUGAAUUUACAAGCUUCUUUUUUAGAAAGUGUGUUUAAGAUUGUUAGUUUGACUUGCCUUAUUUGCUGUUCAUGUUUAACAUUUUAAUUGUUCUUAUAAAAACAUGUAUAUCAGAAAAUUAAAAAAAUCUUCACCACUUUCAGUUAGUGGAGCUAAAGUGCCAUUAAAAAGUUUCUGUACUGAUAAAGAGUUUUUAUACUUUUACAUUUAGAUUUGAGCCCUGCUUUUGUACCUUUUAGUUUCCUGGUGUAAUGUUCAAAGAGACUGUAUUUAAUUAAAAAAGGCACUGAAAUCCAUUUUUACCCCUGACUUUUAAUUUCUUAGCGGAUGUCUAGUGUCAGAUGCAUUGUACCCUGAAGUUGUAAAUGUUGUGUCAGACAGGCAUUGUAAGCAGCAAGCUAUUAAAAUAAACUUGAACACUGCACAAUA